CCAACGCGAGAAGAUGAUUUUACUUAUCUUCAUUCUGUUAAUUGUCAUAUCAUAUUUUUAUAUUAUUCGAACUCGGAAUUAUUGGGCUAAACAAAAUGUGAAACACAGUGUACCGAUACCUUUAUUUGGAAACCACUUCCUAAACUUCUUUGGACUGAAAAGCAUGGCUUGUAUUUCUACCGACUUGUACAAUAAGUAUCCUAAAGAGAAAGUUGUGGGAUACUUCCGCGGACCAACGCCCGAGUUGAUUAUAAGAGAUCCAGAAAUAGCAAAAUACAUAUUAAACGUGGAUUUUGCUCAUUUUUACCCACGCGGCUUAGCAAGGAAUGAAAAGAAAGAGCUACUAUUAAAAAAUAUUUUUCAUACCGACGGUGACUCCUGGAAACUUCUGCGUCAAAGAAUAACUCCGGCAUUUACUACAGCAAAACUGAAAGCUAUGUUUCCCUUAGUCAUUACAUGUGCAGAAAAACUACAAUGCUUAGGCGAAGUAAUAGUGUCCAAAGGUGACUGUGAUGUGCGUGAGCUGAUGGCUCGAUUUUCUACGGAAUUUAUUGGCGCCUGUGGUUUUGGUAUAGAGAUGGAUACGAUAAAUAACGAAAAUUCAAUAUUCAGAAAAUUAGGUAAGAAAAUGUUCGAUCGUUCGUUUAAAGAAACGAUUUUGACUGGCCUGUGGGAUAUAUGCCCUGGGCUCAGAAAAAUUAUGCGUCUAAUGAAUAAGGAUGUGGAAAAAACACUAGCUGACAUAAGCAUAAAAAUAUUUGAAAAACGAAACUAUAAGCCUUCAGGGCGGAACGACUUCGUUGACUUACUUUUGGAACUGGCAGCGAACGGUAAAAUAGUUGGUGAUUCUAUUGAGCAUAGACAUUUGGAUGGAACACCCAAGAAAACUGAAAUGGAGAUGGACCUACAGUGUUUAGUUGCACAAGUUUUCGUGUUUUUCGCAGCUGGUUUUGAAACAUCUUCAUCAACUACUAGUUUUGCCUUACACCAGCUUGCUUUUAAUCCUGAAGUCCAGAUUAAUGUUCAAAACGAAAUCGAUGAAGUUCUCUUAAAAUAUAACAAUAAGUUGUGCUAUGAUGCCGUAGCAGAAAUGAGUCUCUUAGAUAUGACACUCAAGGAGUCUUUAAGGAUAUUUCCUCCGUUGGGAAACUUGCAAAGAGUUUGCGCUAGCACAUAUACGAUUCCCCAACUCGGCGUCACUCUUGAUCCUGGAGUGAAAAUCAUUAUUCCCAUACAAGCGAUGCAGAUGGACGCACAGUACUUCCCAGAUCCCAAAGAGUUCAAACCGGAAAGAUUUACUACUGAAAACGUAAAUAACCGACCAAAAUAUGUGUAUUUGCCUUUCGGUGAGGGCCCUCGAGCAUGUAUCGGUGAGUGA